UAAUGUUUAGGUAUCUGUUGAUGCUUUGUGCGUCCAUCCACGUCGGUUUUGUAGCUGAAGACCCCUGUGAGGUGACGCACUGUGACCACAACCAGACAUGUGUAGUCCAGGACGGCCUGCCAGUCUGCCUGUCCAAGACCAGGCUGUGUUCAGCCUGGGGGGAAUCUCACUACCACACCUUGGAUGGCAGGACCUUUGACUUCCACGGCACCUGCAACUACACGUUUGCCCGAGCCCCCUGCCAUGUCUCUUCAAACGCAUCCAGCCCCGUCGAAGUGCAGAUCGCCGGGCCGCCCACUGCCAACGCCACGGCCUCCUUCGACAGGGUCCUUGUUGGUGUCCAGGGCUUUGACAUCACCAUGAUCAAGGGGGAGCUGCGGCAAGUCUGGGUAAACGGACUGAAGCGCCUCCUGCCCUGCUACCUGAGCAGCACGCUGCAGCUGUUCCCCAGUUGCUCCGGCGUCGUCUUGGAGACCGGCUUGGGCCUGUCGCUGCGGUACGACUGGCUCCACCACCUGGAGGUGCGCGUGAGCCAGGAGCUCUCGAGCGCGGUGUGCGGGCUCUGCGGCGGCUCUGGCCGCGACUCAGCCCACGGCCUCCCGGCUCCGGGCGGUAACGCCACGGUCGCCGACCGCGCGGCGGCGGUGGUGGCGUUCGCCCGGUCCUGGAAAACGGGCGGCAACGGCAGCCUGUGCGGCGACGACUGCGGCAGCUCCUGCCCCCGCUGCGACCCUGCUCAGCUGGCGGCGACCCCCGGGGUACGAGCCUGCGGUCUCUUGCAGGACCCGAAGGGUCCCUUCGCCAACUGCCUGAAGACUGUCGAUCCUGCCCCGUACGUCCGAGCCUGCAAGGAUGACCUCUGCACUCAGAAGGGGGACCAUGCCGUGGCUUGCAGGGCCCUUAAGGCUUUUGCGGACGCCUGCCAGGGUUCUGGGACCAGAGUCUCUCCCUGGAGAGAGCUGGCCAACUGCUCCAUGGCUUGUGCUGCAAACAGCCACUACGAAACCUGUGGGUCCUUGUGCCCGGCCACCUGUGGUGACCCCGAUGCCCCCUCUCGGUGCCGGUCUGGCUGUGCGGAGACGUGCCAGUGCGACCAGGGCUUUCUGCUCUGCAAGGAAGGAUGUGUGCGGCCCAGCCAGUGCGGCUGCACCCACCAGGGCUCCUACAGGCCGCCCAACCAAACCUUCUGGGCCGACAAGUGCCAGCAGCGCUGCUCCUGCAGCCCCGCCUCCAGGAACGCCACCUGCAUCCCGGCUCGGUGCGAGCACGACGAGAAGUGCCUGGUUCAGGACGGGGCGUACGGCUGUCACAAGGGGCCCCGCGGGCUCUGCCUGGCUCAGGGGGAUCCCCACUACACCACCUUCGACGGCCGCAGGUUUGACUUUCACGGAAACUGCGUGUACCUUCUGGCGUCGCACUGUCCCAGCAGGGGAGCCCUGCCAGAUUUCAAAAUCGAGGUGCAGAAUGAAAGGAGAGGGACCGCAGAGUCCUUUUCUAAAAUGGUCCGAAUACGGUUGCUUGGCUAUGAGAUCCAAAUCUCUUUGGAGGUGGAGGACAAGGUCUUGGUCAAUGGCCUUUUGUUGGGUCUUCCAACUGUGCUGAGCCGAGGCAAGGUGAAAAUUUACAAGACUGGUCUCUCGCUGUACGUGGAGAGUGAUUUUGGGCUCAUGCUGAGAUACAACUGGAACAACCUUGUGACCCUGGCCAUACCCAGAUCCUUUGCUGGUGCGAUGUGUGGCAUCUGUGGGAAUUUCAAUGGAGACAAAAAUGAUGAUUUGGUCCCCCCAAUGAGCUCAGAUGCCAAUUCCUCAGUUUCUCUGAUCCGUUGGAAGACUAGUGAGAUUGCGGGGUGCACAGACAUGGUUGGUUUCAAGGUGGCGCGGUGUCCAAAUGAUAUCAGAGCAGCCCUCUCUAAGGGGGACCGCUGCGGGAUGAUAAUGGACUCAAAGGGGCCAUUCCGGCACUGCCACGAAACGGUCGACCCCCUCGACCCAUUUGAGAACUGCAUCAGCGACGUCUUUCUGAACAAAUGCAGCCAGGCUGUGCUGUGCCAGAAUUUGGCGGGCUAUGUGGCUACCUGUCAGGAUGCAGGGGUCGAAGUGUACAGCUGGAGGUCCCCAAAGUUCUGCAGCAUGUCAUGCCCUGCCAACAGCGAAUACGCGUUGUGUUCCUCUCCCACCCCCAACUCGUGCGCCGAGCCGCCCAGUCUUCACGCCGCCGUCUGCCAGGAGGGCUGCCGGUGCUUGCCGGGCUUCUUCCGAAGCGGGGAGGAGUGCGUCCCCGAGCUGGAGUGCGGCUGCCUGCGGGACGGGGUCUACCACGCUUCCGGGGCGAUGUUCUUCCCCGGCGAGCGCUGCCUGACGGAGUGCGUCUGCGAGGGUCGCGGCCAGGCGCGGUGCCGGAACAGCACCUGCCCCGCCGGCACGCGGUGCGGUGUCCAAAACGGCACGCGGGCCUGCUACCCGGAGCCGGGCUCGGGCCGGUGCAGCCUCUCCGGAGGGGUGCACGUCCGGAGCUUUGACGGGCGCGGCUUCGACUUCCGGGGAACGUGCGGCUACGUGCUGGCGCAAACGUGCGGCGGGAGCGCGGCUAAGGGGAGCGGAGCUAACGGGAUCGCGGCUAAAGGGAGCGCGGCUAACGGGAGCGACGCUAACUGGACCGAGGCUGCCUUCUCCGUCCUCUUCCAGCCUGGGCGGGUGCACCUGCAGAUUUACGGAACCAAUCUGACCCUGACUUCAGGCAGGAGCGGAAAAGUCGAGGUGGAUGGUGUCCUGUGGAACUUGCCAGCUCAGCUGGGUGAGCUCAGAGUCCUUCAGCUUGGCCUGAGGGUGCAGGUGGAGGCUGACGCAGGUGUGAUUCUGGCCUACGACCGGCAGGAUUUCGUGCAGGUGACCGUCCUCCGCAGCUACGCCGGCCGCCUGUGUGGCCUGUGCGGCGACUUCGACGGGAACGCCACCAACGACCUCCAGCUCCCCGGCGGCGCCCUGACCUCCGACCCCGCUGCCCUGGCUGCGUCGUGGAAGGCUCCGGGCCUGGCCGCGAACUGCAGCGACGGCUGCGGGGGCGGCGGCUGCCCCGCCUGCAACGGCACGGAGGCGGCCCGGUUCCGGUCGGAGGAGCACUGCGGGUUGCUCUCCGCGCCCGCAGGCCCGUUUCGGGCGUGCCUCUCCGUGGUGGACCCCGGGCCCCAGUUGGAGAACUGCGUGUACGACCUGUGCGUUUCCCAUGGCGACCGGGGAAAGUACUGCAGCAACCUGCAGGCUUACACGCUGGCCUGCCAUGCAGCUGGGGCUCGCAUCGAGCCGUGGAGGAAUCAUACCUUCUGCCCUCUUGCCUGCCCUCCCAACUCCGAGUACAGCGUGCGCGUGGACACCUGCGCGGUGACCUGCGCCAACGUUUCCCACCUGGCCUGCCGGUCGUUCAGGGCCGAGGGCUGUCGCUGCGACCCUGGCUUCCAGCUGAGCGUGAAUCGCUGCGUCGAGGCGGAGGCGUGCGGCUGCUUCCAGCAUGGCCGGUACUACGAGCUGGGGGAGACGUUCUGGGCUGGAGGGUGCAAGAAGAGGUGCCACUGCUCCACUCCCGGAACUCUGCGCUGUGAGUCAGCGGCCUGUCCCGAGGGCAGGGGGUGUGGCCUCCUUAACGGCUCCAUGGAGUGCCUUCAGAAAGGUGCGGGUUCCAGUGUUGCCUACCCUGGAGCCAGCUGUUGGGUGCUGGGUGGCUCCUACUUCUCCACCUUUGACGGAACGAACUUCGACUUCCAGGGCAACUGCACCUACAUUCUGGCCCGAAAGUGUGGCAAGGGGGCGUCGUCCCCCCCCUUCACGGUCCUAAUCGAGAAAAGCCAGGAUCUGUCCUCUGCCCUGAAGACCAUUCUGGUCGACGUGUCUGAAGACCACAUUGUCAUGAAGCCUGGGAGCUCUUCCAUAUGGGUGAAUGGGCAGAAGGCGUACCUGCCGGCGACGCUCGGCGACGUGACGAUCCACCGGAGCAGCUUCUUCAUUUUCCUGGACACCACCUUCGGCCUGUCCCUGAAGUACAACGGGGCCCAGUACCUGCAGGUCAGCCUCCGCAACUUCACGGACGUGUGCGGCCUGUGCGGCGACUACAACGGCGACGCCGCCGACGACCUCCGCACACCAGAGGGCGCUGUGGCGGACGCGGUGGCGUUCGGGUGGAGCUGGAGGGACGACGACAAGGACCGCGACGCUGCCUGCGUGGCUGAGUGCUCCGGCGACUGCGCCAUGGCGGAGGACGACCCCCCGCCGGGCGAGGACCCGGAGUACGAAGUGGCCGUACGCAUCAUGCUCUGGUCGGAGUACAGCCCGUUCCUGCGCUGCCACGUCAGCGUGGACCCCAGCGCCUACCUGAAGCUGUGCCAGGUGCACCACUGCACGAAGCUGUGGGACGCCCAGUUCCUGUGCCAGGCUCUGCAGUCCUACACCGCCUCCUGCCAGGCCGCCCGGGUGCAGAUGACCAGCUGGAGGAACAGCACAUUCUGCGUUGCGAAUUGCCCCAAGCACAGCCACUACGUGGUGUGCGGCACGGCCUGCCCGGACUCCUGCUGGGCUUUCGGCCACGCCUCCAACUGCUCGCUGCCCUGCGUGGAGACCUGCCAGUGCGACGACGGCUUCGUGUUCGAGGGCGAGUUCUGCGUGCCGGCGGCCAGCUGCGGCUGCCUCCACCGGGGGGCGUACCACCGGCGGGACCAGCCCUUCUGGGCGGACGAGGCGUGCACGGAGAGCUGCGUGUGCGAGCGUCCCGGCGCGGCCCCCCGCUGCGCCCCGUCCUCCUGCGGGGCCCGGGCCUCCUGCGCCGCUCACGCUGAAGGCCGCGUCUGCCUGCCCUACCGGCUGGGGUCCUGCGCCCUGGAGAGCCGCCGCCACUUCCGAACCUUCGACGGGCGCGCCUUCGACUUCCAGGGGAGCUGUGCGUACCGCCUGGCGGGCCUGUGCCCCGGGGGCGCCGGCCUGACCCCGUUCGAGGUCCGGGUCCUGAACGCCGGGGACGACGCCGAAUCCUCUCUGAAAGUGGUGGUCAGCGUGUACAACGUAACCGUGGAGAUCUGCAGCCACAAUAAUAAACGGGUUACGGUGGACGGUCUCCAUAGAAACAUGCCGUACGCCCUGAGCGGAGGCAAGGUUUCCGUGCGCACCACAGGUCUGCGCACGCUCCUGCACACCGACUUCGGCCUUUCCGUCGCCCUGUACGCCAACGACCGCCUCGCCGUCAUGCUGUCCAGCGAGUACGCCGGCGCCACCUGUGGCCUGUGCGGGAACUACAACGGGGACCCCGCCGACGACCUGACGGGCCGGGGAGGCCAGCCGGCCCAGAGCCCCGCGGAGCUGGUGAGGAGCUGGAACAGCGGGGCGCUCCCCUGGUGCGUGGAGGGCUGCCCAGGGGGCUGCCCGGCCUGCACCCCCAAACAGCGGGCGGAGUACGCGGGGCCCGCCGCCUGCGGGAGGCUGCUGAACGCCUCCGGGCCUUUCCGAAUCUGCCACGCCAAGGUGGCGCCCCGACGGUUCCACGACGACUGCGUCAGCGACCUCUGCUGGCAAGCGGGCGCCGGCUCCGCCCUCUGCCGGUCGCUCGGCAACUACGUGGCUGCCUGUCAGGAAGAGAACGUGAAAAUCUACGACUGGAGAAGCCCGGACUUCUGCGAGCAACCAUGUCCACAGGGUAUGGUGUAUGAUCUCUGCCCGAUUUUCCAUAACAACACUUGUGGAGGCUUUCCCUCGUCCAGUGCUGCUUUCCUGCCCCCUGGAGUCUGCUACGAGAACUGCGUCUGCCCGCCAGGCCUCAUGCUCAGUGGCGCUCUGUGCGUGCAGCCGGGGAACUGCGGCUGUGUCCACCAGGGGGAGUACCUGCAGCUGGGGGAGGUCCUCCUGUCCUGCAAGGAGCGCUGUGUUUGCCAGGCUGGGGGGGUCGUGGCCUGCCACCCGGUCUUCUGCACGGAGGACACGGAGUGCGGUGUGCAGAACAGCGUCCGGGGCUGUUACCCACGCACCCGCUUCGGGCGCUGCUCCCUGGCGGGACGCUCCCACUACAGAACCUUUGAUGGGUGGGACUUCCACUUCCCGGGUACCUGCAACUACACCCUGUCCGAAACCUGUGGCCCGCCGGACGCCGGCCAGGGUGUGAUGCCCUUCCAGGUGCUGCUCCUGAACGGGGCCUCGGGCCAGCGGCAGAUCUGCGUGCACGCUUCCGGGCUGAAGUUGACCCUGUCUCCGAAACAUCCCUACCAAGUUCGGGUGAAUGGGGUCCUUGAGAGACUCCCUUUCUCUGCCGGGAACCUGACGGUGCACCGGCAGGGGCUGUACCUGGCCGUUCAGGCUCUGAACUCCGUCUCGGUGACCUUCGACCUGCGGAGCCAUGUGGUGGUCCGGCUCCCCGAGUCCUACAGGAGCAGGACGUGCGGCCUGUGCGGGAACUACAACGGCGACCCCGCCGAUGACCUGUGGCUGCCGACCGCGAAGGGGGGCCCGGACUGCAGCGACGGCUGCGGGGACAGCUGCCCCCUGUGCGUUUCCCUGCGACCCCGCUACGCCUCGGACCGCCACUGCGGCCUGCUAAAGGCCCGUACCGGGGCCUUCAACGCCUGCCACCCCCUGGUGGACCCCGCCGGGUACUACAGGAACUGCAUGUAUGACCUGUGUGUGUCGGAGGGCCGGGUGGAGCAGCUGUGCGACGGACUGCAGGCCUACGCCAUGGCCUGCCAGGAGGCAGGAGUGCAGGUCGCCCCCUGGAGGAAUGGCACCAAAUGCAUGUUCCAGUGUCCCCAGUUCAGCCACUACACCCCGUGUGCGAACGCCUGCCUGACGGUGUGUGCCGAGGUUGGGCACGUGGUGGACUGCCCUGCCGGCUGUGCGGAGGGCUGCCAGUGCGACGCCGGCUUCUUCUACGACGGCAACGGCUGCGUCCGGCCGGAGGAGUGCGGCUGCUUCCUGGGAGGUCACCGGUACGAGCUGGGAGAAGUAAGACUGCUGCAGAACUGCACCCUGAACUGCACCUGUGGGCCCCCAGCGACAUGUAAACCACACACCUGUCCUGACUCGCACACCUGCGCAGUCAGGGAUGAGGUUAUGGUCUGUCAAUCUUCAGACCCGUGCAAGGGGAAGUGUGGCGCCCAUGAGAAGUGCUCGCAGGGGGCGGGGGGUCCCAUGUGCCAGCCGCCCGCGCUGGACCUGUGCUGGGCCUGGGGCGACCCCCACUUCCGCAGCUUCAGCGGGACCGAUUUCGACUUCGACGGCACCUGCACCUACGUGCUGGCCGCCAGCAGCGGGGGCCAGGGGGCGCUGACCCCGUUCGUCGUCACGGAGAACAGCGAGCGGCGGCACGCCCCCUGGGCCUCGUCCGUCCGCACGGUCGGCUUGAGCGCCUACGGCUACGCGGUGACCCUGCGCCGACAGGACAGAGGCGCUGUGCGGGUGAAUGGGCUGCUCAGCCCGCUGCCGGUCAGUCUGAGGGACAAGAUCAGAGUGGAUUAUUGGGGAGACCUGGUCAUGCUGCAGACGGACUUCGGGCUGCAGGUGAUCUACGACUGGGCUUCCCUGGUCCUGGUGGCGCUGCACCCGGCGUACCGCGGCAAGGUGUACGGCCUGUGUGCGUUCGACAGCGCGGCCCACGCUGGCAGCGACGGCGCCCGCAGCGUCAUCGAGUGGGCCAAGCUGCAGGCGGUCAGCGACGGGGACUGGCUGUGCUGCACGGACUGCGGGCUGACUCCGCCCCCCCUCACGCCGGAGGCGGAGCUCCACAGCCGAGAGCACUGCGCGGUCCUGGAGGAGCCCGCCGGGCCCUUCGCCCUCUGCGCCGAACGGGUCAGCGCCCAGCCGUUCAUCCGGGGCUGCGUGCGGGACCUGUCCCUCAGCGAUGGAGACCACGAGGUCCUGGCGCAGACCCUCCGGUCCUACACCUCCAUCUGCCAGUACCACGGCUUCAGCUUCCAGAACCCCGGAGACCUGUACCACGACGAGGAGGAUGUCUGCGGGCCACACGGGGAGUUUAACGCGUGUGUGUUGCCUUGCCGUCCGUCCUGCGACCACUUCACCAGCCCGGUCUGCGCCCAGCCGUGCAUGUGGGGCUGCGUCUGCGACGCCGGCUACGUCUUCGUGAACCAGACCUGCUCGUCUGCGGACGACUGCGGCUGCCUGGACUCCAUCGGGCAGCAGCGGCGACCCAACGAGACCUUCUGGUCUCCCGAGAGCUGCGAGGACCGGUGCACCUGCGACCCGUCCAGCCGGACGGUCGCCUGCGUCCGGGUCCCCUGCCCCCGCGGCCAGCGCUGCCGGGUUCUGAGCGGCGUCCGCGGCUGCUACCCCGCCGACCCCGCUAACUGCACCCUCCUUGGCGGCCUCCACUUCCGCACGUUCAACGGCCACACCUUCGACUUCCGCGGCGGCCACACGUACACGCUGGCAGCGGCCCCGUCCCACGCCCCCGGCCUCGUCCCCUUCAACGUCUCCAUCGGCAACGCCGCUGGCGGCGCGCGGCUCUUCCUGAGCCUGGACCUGACGGUGCAGGUGUAUGGGCAGGUCCUGACCGUCGCCAAGGAGACGCCGCACAGGCUCCAGGUGAACGGGCUGUACACACCCUUGCCGUACUCUUUCAACAAAGGCCAGAUCCUGGCCUACCACUCCCCCUCGUCUGUCGCGAUCCAAACGGACUUCGGCCUGCAGGUGGCGGUGUACAGGACCGGCGCGAUAACGGUGCUGGUCCCGGGAUGGUACAGCUCGGUCCUGCAGGGCAUGUGCGGUAAACCCGGGGACCCGAAAGGCGAGCUGGUGACGCGUUCUGGCCGGGCCCACGACCCGCAGGAGUUCGCCGACGGCUGGAAGACGGGGGCGGAGGGUCACCCGCUGCCCUCGGACCCGAAACGGUGCAGCGCAGAGGAGCAGGACGUUUUUAAGGACGUUCACUACUGCCACGUGCUGCUGGACGAACAAGGCCCGUUCAAAGAGUGCAUCGCUGUCCUGGACCCUCAGCUCUACUUCGACAGCUGCUUGGCGGACACCUGCACGCACGACGGCCACCCCACCGCGCUCUGCAACGCCAUCGGCGACUACGCCACCGCCUGCCAAGCAGCUAGCCUCACCGUGCGCCAGUGGAGGAGCGAUACCUUCUGUGGGGCGGACUGUCCUGUGAAUAGCCACUACAAGCUGUGUGGGCCCAGCUGUCCGUACGCCUGCUCCGGAUCGCUCAGCUGGGCAGCCUGCAGCAGCCCGUGCCAGGAGGGCUGCCAGUGCGACUCCGCCCUCAAAAUCGACGCCGACAGACUGGUCCUGAGCGACGGCGCGUGCGUGCCGUACGCAGAGUGCGGCUGCCAGUACAAGGGGCAGUACUACCCCAGCGGCACCUUCGUCCUGGGUGCCCGGUGCCAGGAGAAGUGCCACUGUGGCGCGGGACACAAAAUGGUGUGCUCCUCGCCCGGCUGCGGAGACCUCGAGACCUGUGCGGUGGAGGCGGGCGUCGCCAAGUGCGUGCCGGCCCACCCCGGCACGUGCCAGGUGCUGGGCGGCUUUGGGUACAUCACCUUCGACGGCUACGCGUUGGCCCAUCACGGAAUAUGUACCUACGUUCUCACGCAGUCGAAGACGUCUGCCCUGCCUCCCUUUAAAGUGCUUGUGAGCGUAGAGCGAGUGGAGAACGCACUCGAUGACCCACUUAAGGCGAUCGUCUUGAUUCUGGAUGCAGAUGAAGUGGAGCUUUUCCCUGGAAUUCUUUGGAAAGUCAGGGUCAACCAAGAAGAUUUCACCUUACCCAUGAACAUUAACAACAGUGCAAUAAAGGCUUACCAAGAUGGCGGCAGCAGUGUCCUGGAGACUGACUUCGGACUGCAGAUUCGCUUCACCUCAACGCUCUACGUCCAGGUCAUCGUACCACCGGGCUACUCUGGCGCCACCUCUGGCCUGUGUGGGAACUACAACGGCAACGCUGCAGAUGACCUGAACCCUGACCCCCAUUCCAAGCAGCCGGCAGGCAGCCCCUCCGCCUUCCUGGAGAGCUGUGCCGAGGCGGCACCGGGCCAGCAGUGCGCCCUGGGCUGUGUGGCUAACUGCGGGCCUUGCUCCGGCGUUUCGGAGCGGAAGGGGCACGCCAGCGACCCCUGCGACCUCCUCACCUCCACCAGCGGCCCGUUCAGCCGCUGCUGCAACGCGGUGCCCGUUCAGCCGUACCACGACGCGUGCGUGCGGACCCGCUGCUCCACUUCCAGGAGACAGGAGGCGCUGUGCUUGUCCCUGGAGGCCUACGCCGCAGCCUGCCGGGCCAAGGGAAUCCAGGUGGACGCCUGGAGGGAGCCGGGCUGCCGCCUUCAGUGCCCGGACCAAAGCUACGCCAGCAGCCUUGUCGAUUCGUGUUCCAGUACCUGUCCUGAGAUGAUCACUCCUGGCCUGUGCGAGAGGCGCUCUGAAGGCUGCCAGUGUAAUGGCAGUUUAGUUUUCAACGGCGACGUGUGUGCGCGGGUCAGGCAGUGCGGAUGCGUGCAUCGUGGAAGAUACAUCAAGAAUGAGGAGUUCUUCUAUGCCAAAGGCUGCACUAAGAGGUGCUGGUGUGAGCCACUGGGGGGCACGGCCUGCGCCCAAACCUCCUGCAGCUCUGGACUGCAGUGCCUGCUCAAGGACGGGGCGUGGGGUUGCCACGGCGACGUGGGCGUCUGCCAGGUCCGGCCCGACCUCUCGUUCAGGACCCUGGACGGCCUGGAGUCGAACCUGCGGCCCGACGAAGCCUUCAACCUGGCUUCCAGCUGCGACCGCCAGUGCGACCUCUGGUUCCAGCUGGUCCUCUUCCGAGGUCUCUGCGCGGGGAGUCGCGCGGUCAACGCGCUGCAGCUGCUCCUGCACGGGGCCACCGUGGUCGUUCAGAACGGGGUGGUGUACGUGGAUGGGGACCUGGUGUCCCUCCCCUUCUCCUUGUCCUCGGGAGUUUCCGUAAGCCGCAUCUGGGACUGGCCGGAGGUCAGGGUUGUGGUGAGGAAGGGUUCGGGGGCAGACUCCCAGCCAGACCUGGAGCUGGAGGCCAGCACAUCAGGAAGUGUGUGGGUGAGGCCGUCUUCGGUGUAUUCUGACAAGCUGUGCGGCGCGUGCGGGAACUACAACGGUCUGGCUCGUGACGAUCUCCCCCAUUCCAAAAACUGGACCAUGAGCUUAAAUGGCUGCGGGCCCUCUUCAACCAUGGGGACCAAACUGUUACUGCCUUGUUUUGUGGCUCUGCUGUCAUGUGAACUCUGCCAUGCUGGGUUGGCAGGGAAAGAGUUUGCUACAGUCUUUAUGCAAAACAACCAGCCAGACUACAAGGAUGCCUCUUUCCAGAUCCAAAUCUCUGCUCUGCAUGCCAACACUAAGGUCAAGGUGAGCGUUCCCCAGAUGGGCUUCGUUCAGGAGCGGACGCUCGGGGCUGGCGAAGGCACAACCAUCCAGAUGCCUUCCAAAGUUGAGAUGUAUGCCUCUCAGAAGUCAUGUAAAACGGUCCAGAUCGAGGCCACUCAGGAAGUUGUGGUAGCCUCCCUUAACUACAAGCUGUACACCGCUGACACCUCAUUGGUCUACCCCGUGACAGAGUGGGGGACAGAAUACUAUGUCUUCACUCCCUCUACCUCCCCCGAUCAAACCUUCAAAGAAUUCUCCGUCACCAACCACAAGCAGCGCAACACAGUUCAAAUCUUCCCCUUGGUGCCGGUGAGGUUCCAGGGAGAGACAUUUAUCCCCGGCAGUAAGAUCAAUGUGGAGCUUGAGCCUUUUGAGAGUCUGCAGAUCCAGAGCUACCAUGAUCUAACGGGCACCCGGGUACUCUCCACUCUCCCGGUGGCAGUCUCCAGUGGCCACACCUGCACCUGGAAGUUCUCCAAGUGCAACCAUGUGUAUGAACAGCUGCUGCCUGUCCAGAACUGGGGCAAGAGUUUCCUGGUGGCACCCCUGUGCUUCCAAACCCGCUAUGACAGUAUCUAUGUACAGGCCUCUCAGACUACUCAGGUGGUGAUCAAAUCGGGUGGCCAGGACAAGGUGAUGCUUCUGAACAAGGGUCAGAUUGAAGAGUUCCGCAUUGAGAUGAACAACGGUGCCCUCAUCACUGCCGACCAAGGCAUCCAGGUCCUCUACAUGUUCAAUGGAGUCCGUCUGAGAAGUUCCCUGAUGUAUGACCCGUUCCUCAUGAUGGUGUUGCCCACUGACCGCUUCUGCUCCUCGUACACCUUGAAUGGGCAGGCCGGAUUUGACAACAAGGCUCUCUUCCUGGUUCGUAAUAGCGACCUGCCCGGGCUCAGGUUUGACAAUGCCCCCCUGCCCAGCAAUGUGCAGUUCACACCAAUAGGCGGGUCCGAGUUCUCCUGGGCCGAGGUACCCUUCAAGGCGGGGUUUGGCCAACACAGUGCUUCCCAACCUACCGCAUCCUUUGGGGCCUACAGCAUUGGUGUGAGCCAAAUGAAUGGCUAUGGAGCCCCAGCACUCUGCGGCCAAUCAGGUGGAGGUCCUUCCCCACCUUCCUGCAGUUCCAUAACAUGCAGCACAGACCAGGAAUGCCAGAUGAAAGACGGAUACCCAACCUGUGUCAAAAAACGCCCGUCAGGCACAUGCUGGGCAAUGGGCGACCCGCACUACCGCACGUUUGAUGGGCGCUACUUCAACUUUAUGGGCACCUGCACCUACAUCAUCGCGAAGAACUGCCAGGCCAAUGACGGCCUGCCACCGUUCGAAGUGGAGACUCAUAAUGAGAACCGUGGGAACAUCAGGGUCUCCUAUGUGGGCCUGGUCACAGUUAAGGUGUAUGGAGUCACCAUCAAUGUGGCCCGCUCCGAGAAUGGACUUGUUAGGAUUGACUACAGCCUCUACAGACUCCCAGUGGUCCUAAAACAGGAUAAGUUGAAGCUGUUCCAGAGGGGGCAAUCUGUGGUGAUUGAGACGGAGUUUGGCCUGACGGUGCAGUACGACUGGGAGUCUUACAUUGUGGUCACCCUCUCAGGUGCCUUUGCCGGCAAAGUGUGCGGCAUGUGUGGCAACUUCAAUGGCAACCCCAAUGACGAUUUUGCCACGCCCAGCGGCUCACAGGCACCCAAUGCGGUCGACUUUGGCCGCAGCUGGAAGGUCCCAGGUCUGGCCGGGGAUGUGCUCUGCCGAGACGAGUGCUCGGGACAAUGCGAGAAGUGCGAGCACAACCUGCUGAAGCGCUGGGAGGGCGAGGUCUUCUGUGGCCUCCUCACCAGCAUCAUGGACGGGCCCUUCCGCUUGUGCCACGCCGCCAUCGACCCGCACAUCUACCUGGAAAACUGCGUGUACGACGUGUGCAUGGGCGACGGGCUGAGGCACUUCCUGUGCCAGGCUUUGGAGGGCUAUGUCAGUGCCUGCCAGGCAGCCGGCAUCAAAGUGUUCGACUGGAGGAACAUUGCUCGCUGCCCGGCCAAGUGUCCGGCACACAGCCACUACGAGCUGUGUGGGACUGCCUGCCCUGCCACCUGCGCUGACCCCAGCGCCCCAUCCAAAUGUAAAGCCCUCUGUGUGGAGAGCUGCACCUGUGACGAUGGCUUCCUCCUGAGCGGUGGCAAAUGCGUGCCCAAGCAGAGCUGCGGCUGCCCCUACGAAGGCCGGCAUAUUCCACCCGGAGAGUCCGUCUGGGCAGACGACGGCUGCCACAAACGGUGCUACUGCAACCCCACCAGCAAUCAGGUGGAGUGCAAGGACACCGGGUGCAAGGCCGGGGAACAGUGCCAGGUGGUAAACGGCAUCAGGGACUGCCACCCGGUGUCCUACAGCACCUGCUCGGCCAUCGGCGACCCCCACUACAACACCUUUGACGGGCAGCACUACGACUUCAAGGGCACAUGCGUGUACAAGCUGGUGGGCGUUUGCUCCGAUGACCCCGGCCUUGUGCACUUCGAGGUGCUGGUGCAGAAUGACUUCCGAGGCAGUAGGGUAGUGUCCUUCACCAAGCUGGUAGAGAUUAAAGUGUACGGCCUGAGAAUCGACAUCAGUAAGGAGAACAGUGGGAAGGUCAUGGUGAAUGGAGAGCUCACACACUUGCCUGUGUACCUGGCUGAUGGCAAUGUGUACAUCUACAAGAGUGGCUGGUAUGCAGUGGUCAAGACUAACUUCGGGCUGAAGGUGUCAUUUGACUGGAACAGCGCGGUCUCUGUCACCCUCCCCAGCACCUACAAGGGUGCCGUGUGCGGCCUGUGUGGUAACUACAACGGCAAACAGCAGGACGACCUGACAGAGAAGGACGGCAAGGUCUCAGCCAACCCCACCGAAUUCGGCAAGAGCUGGCAGGUGGCGGAGAUCCCAGGCUGCGUCCACGGCUGCAAGGGGGCCUGCCCUGACUGUGACAUCACGCAGAAGCGCGAGUAUGAAACCAAUGAUUUCUGCGGGCUCCUGCGCGACCCCAAGGGGCCCUUCCGUGACUGUCACGCCAACGUGGACCCCAGCGGCGCCUUCCAGGACUGUGUCUACGACGUCUGCCUCUACAAGGGUCAGAAGGAUGUGCUUUGCAAGGCCAUCACCGACUACACCACAGCCUGCCAGGACAGCGGGGCCAAGGUCUACCCCUGGCGCUCUGAAAAGUUCUGUCCUACCAAAUGCCCAUUAAACAGCCACUACGAGGUGUGCGGUGCCGGCUGCCCAACCACCUGCCAGAGCCUGUCUCCACCCCUGGGCUGUGAUUCGCAGUGCCAGGAGGGCUGCACCUGCGACGAGGGCUUCAUCCUGAGCGGCGACCGCUGUGUGCCCUUCUCCCAGUGCGGCUGCGUCUACAAUGACCGCUACUACAGGAUCGGCGAGACCUUCUACCCCAACGGGAAGUGCGAGGAGGAGUGCACCUGCUCGCAGGAUGGGGAGGUGAAAUGCAAGAAGUUCUCCUGCGGGCCGAAUGAGAAGUGUGAGGUGGCGGACGGAGUGCGCAAGUGCCAGCCCGUUGGGUCAGGCGUGUGUGUGGCGUCCGGGGACCCCCACUACACCUCCUUCGACGGCUACCACUUUGACUUCCAGGGCACCUGCACCUACACCCUGGCCAAGGGGUGUGGCCUGGAGGGAACACAUUUGGUCCCAUUCUCGGUGCAGGUGGAGAACGAGAGGUGGAGGCCUGCCUGGUGGAGUAAGGUCGCCGUCACAGAGCUAGUGGCUGUGGAGGUCUAUGGCUACACACUGAUCAUGCGGGAGAACAUGCGUGGCGUUUUGGUCAAUGGUGUGUUAAACAAUGUACCGCUGAGUCUGAACGAUGGAGCGGUGGAGGUCUACCCGGACGGCAGGCACUACACCGUGAAGACCAACUUUGGCCUCAUUGUGACCUACAACCUUGUGUACCAAGUCACUGUCACGGUCCCCGGCAACUACCGUGGGAAAACCUGCGGCCUGUGUGGAAACUUCAAUGACAAUAAGAAAGAUGAGUUCCGCCUGCCUGAUGGAAAUCUUGUCACGGAUGUCAAUGUCUUUGGGGCAGCGUGGAAGGUGGCCAUCCCCGGCGUAGUGUGUGAUGAUGGUUGCUCUGGCAACAACUGCCCCAAUUGCAACCCCAAGCUGAAGGAAAUCUUCCAGGAGCGUAGCUACUGUGGCAUCCUCACGGAUCCCAAAGGACCCUUUGCCGCGUGUCACGCAAAUCUGGACCCGGUCCCCUACUUCAACAACUGCAUCUUCGACAUCUGUGCGUCCAAUGGUGACCACGAGGUGCUGUGUGACAGCGCUGCCUCCUAUGCGCUCAACUGCGAAACUGCCGGCGCCGACAUCAAGACUUGGAGGACUCCAUCCUUCUGUCCAAUGUCCUGCCCGUCCAACAGCCAUUACGAGAUCUGUGCGGAAACCUGUGCCAACUCCUGCCCGGGCCUCUCGGACAUUGUCGAGUGCUCCAGCACCUGUGCAGAAGGCUGUGACUGCGACGAAGGCUUCCUCUUCAAUGGGGAGAGCUGCAUCCUGGCCGAGCAGUGUGGCUGUUAUGACAACGGACGCAGCUACAAGCCAGGGGAAGUGGUGUACGAUGACGACUGCAAGCAGGUGUGCACGUGUGAUGCCGUUAAAGGCCUGAGCUGCCAGGCCCACACUUGUCCCAGUGGAACCGAGUGCCUUGUCAGGAAGGGGGUCAAGGCGUGCUUCAAUACAGAUCCUUGCAAGGACGCCAAGUGCCGUGUGAAAGAGACGUGCCAGGUAGAGAAGGGCGAAGCUGUGUGCGUACCCCAAUACACCGGCACCUGCUGGGCCUGGGGUGACCCCCACUACCACACCCUCGACGGGUUCAACUAUAACUUCCAGGGCACCUGCAAGUACACUAUCUCCAAGACCUGUGGUGACGUGGCGGGCCUGGUGCCCUUCUCCAUAGAGGAGAGGAAUGACAACCGUGGCAGCACUGCCGUCUCCUUCGUCAGGGAGGUGGACGUGACUGUGUACGGCUACACUUUCACCAUGAUCAAGUAUCAAUGGGGCCGAAUCAUGGUGGAUAAUGAGUUACUGAACCUCCCCCUGGAAAUGGGGCAGAAUCUGGUGACGGUGACCCAGUUGGGCUACACGAUGGUGCUGCUGACGAACUUCGGCCUGCGCGUUUCCUAUGACGGAGUCUCCAUGGUGAUCAUCCAGCUUCCCAGCAGUUACUAUGGCAGCGUGUGUGGGCUGUGCGGCAACUUCAAUGGCGAUUUCAAGGACGAGCUCCGCAACCCCGCUGGACAACCCGUCCCCUCCAUCAUCGACUGGGGCAAGAGCUGGAGGGUGCCGGACCCCCAGGACCCCAACUGCUGGGACAACUGUCAGGUCGGCUGCCCCACCUGCGAUGGUAACCUCCUGAAGCUCUACGAGACGGAGGCCUACUGCGGGGCCCUCACCAACAAGGUGGACAGCGUCUUCCAGAAGUGCCACGACAAGGUGGACCCAAAGGUCAUCAUGGAGAACUGCGUCUAUGACGUGUGCCUCCACAAGGGCGACAAGAAGAUGCUGUGCCAGGCGCUCACUUCUUACAGCGAGAUGUGCCUGAAGGAGGGCAUCGUCCUGAAGGACUGGAGGACCAAGUUUGGCUGCCCUAUGAGUUGCCAGCCCCACAGUCAUUACGAGGCCUGUGCCAGCCCCUGCCCCUUAACCUGCCCGAUCACAGAGCAGGACCGUCCGGUCUGCCAGGGGGUAUGCUCCGAGGGCUGUGUGUGCGACAAAGGCUACGCCCUGAGCGCUGGCAAGUGCGUGCCCGCCAAGGAGUGCGGCUGCUCCUACCAAGGGCGCUACUAUGAACCCGGUCAGAGCUUCUGGGGCGAUGAGGGCUGCCAACAGCUGUGCAUGUGUGACCAGGCCCUGGGCAUGGUGGUGUGCCGCCCGGCGGGCUGCAAGGCCACCGAACGCUGCGCAGUGGAGGACGGAGUUCGCGCCUGCCGCCCACUCAGCUACUCCACCUGCACGGCCGCCGGAGACCCCCAUUAUCGCAGCUUCGAUGGCCGACGCUUCAACUUCCAGGGCACCUGCAUCUACCAGCUGGUGGCGCUGUGCUCCAAAGACCCAAGCCUCACAGCCUUUGAGGUGACAGUGCAGAACGACCACCGCGGGAGCAAGGCGGUGUCCUACACCAAGGUGGUGACGGUGGAGGUGUACGCCAUUACCAUCACGAUCAGCAAGGACUACCCUUUCAAGAUUAUGGUGGAUGGCCAGUUCACCUCCAUGCCAUUCCAGUAUGAAGACAAGUUGGUGGUGUUCCGCAGCGGCUGGAUCGCAGUGGUGGAGACGGCAUUCGGCAUGCGGGUGACCUUCGACUGGAACAGCGUGGUGACUGUGACCCUCCCCAACACGUACCAGGGUGCCGUCUGCGGCCUCUGUGGCAACUACAACCAGAACCCUAGCGACGAUGGAACACAGCGCGAUGGGCAGGCAGCAGCAAGUGAGUCCCAGCUUGGGGAGAGCUGGAAGGUAGGCGUGGUCCCUGGAUGCACCUCCGGCUGCACGGAGCCCGAGUGCAAGGCCUGCUCCGACUCCCAAAUCGACGCCUACCGGGCCCAACGCUACUGUGGAAUCAUCGCCGACAAGUCUGGGCCCUUCCGAGAUUGCCACGCCCGAGUGGACCCCGCCCUUUACCUGGAGGACUGCGCGUUCGACGCCUGCCACUAUAAAGGCCGCAAUUCUGCUGUCUGUGAGGCUAUUGCUGCUUACGUGUCCGCCUGUCAGAGCGAGGGAGUGGUCAUCCAGUCCUGGAGGAGUGAUUCUUUCUGCCCGGUCUCCUGCCCCAAAAACAGCCAUACGACUUGCUCCCGGGGUGCCCCCCCAAACCGCGCCGACGGGCCCCGGGCCCGCUGCCACCUUCCCUUUGGGGGGGCUGCCAGUGCACGAAAAAGGGGGACCUGCUGGGGGGAUGCCGUUUUUCCCCGGGCCCCCGUAAAUAACGAGGUACAGAACCUCCCCGUGGAAAUGGGAUCGAAUCUGGUGACGGUGAUCUACUCCAAUAACAUGGCGGUGCUGCAGACGAACUUCGGCCUGCGCGUUUCCUAUGACUGGAACUCCAGGCUGCUCAUCCAGCUUCCCAGCAGUUACUAUGGCAGCGUGUGUGGGCUGUGCGGCGACUUCAAUGGCAAUUCCAAGGACGAGCUCCGCAACCCCGCCGGGAAAGCCGUCCCCUCCAUCCUCGACUGGACCAAGAGCUGGAGGGUGCCGGACCCCCAGGACCCCAACUGCUCUGACGACUGUCAGGAGGGCUGCCCCACCUGCGAUGGUAAACUCAGGAAGCAGUACGAGACGGAGGACUACUGCGGGGCCCUCACCAAGGCGGACAGCGUCUUCCAGCAGUGCCACGACAAGGUGGACCCAAAGGCCUUCAUGGAGAAUUGCGCCUAUGACAUGUGCCUCCUCAAGGGCGACAAGCAGAUGCUGUGCCAGGCACUCAGCUCUUACAGCGAGAUGUGCCUGAAGGAGGGCAUCGUCCUGAAGGGCUGGAGGAACAAGUUUGGCUGCCCUAUGAGUUGCCAGCCCCACAGUCAUUACGAGGCCUGUGCCAGCCCCUGCCCCUUAACCUGCCCGAUCACGGAGCAGGACCGUCCGGUCUGCUUGGCGGUAUGCUCCGAGGGCUGUGUGUGCGACAAAGGCUACGCCCUGAGCGCUGGCAAGUGCGUGCCCGCCAAGGAGUGCGGCUGCUCCUACCAAGGGCGCUACUAUGAACCCGGUCAGAGCUUCUGGGGCGAUGAGGGCUGCCAACAGCUGUGCAUGUGUGACCAGGACCUGGGCAUGGUGGUGUGCCGCCCGGCGGGCUGCAAGGCCACCGAACGCUGCACGGUGGAGGACGGAGUUCGCGCCUGCCGCCCACUCAGCUACUCCACCUGCAUUGCCUCCGGAGAUCCCCAUUACCGCACCUUCGAUGGCCGACGCUUCAACUUCCAGGGCACCUGCGUCUACCAGCUGGUGGCGCUGUGCUCCAAAGACCCAAGCCUCACAGCCUUUGAGGUGACGGUGCAGAACGACCACCGGAAGAGCAAGGCAGUAUCCUUCACCAAGGUGGUGACGGUGCAGGUGUACGGCAUUACCAUCACGAUCAGCAGGGAUUACCGUUUCCAGAUCAUGGUGGAUGGCCAGUUCACCUCCAUGCCAUUCCAGUAUGAAGACAAGUUGGUGGUGUUCCGCAGCUGCCGGACAGCUGUGGUGGAGACGGCGUUCGGCAUGCGGGUGACCUUCAACUGGAACAGCGUGGUGACCGUCACCCUCCCCAACACCUACCAAGGUGCCGUCUGCGGCCUCUGUGGCAACUACAACCAGAACCCUAGCGACGAUGGAAUGCUGCGCGAUGGGAAGGCAGCAGCGAGCGGGUCCCAGCUUGGGGAGAGCUGGAGGGUGGACGUGGUCCCUGGAUGCACCUCCGGCUGCACGGGGCCCGAGUGCAAGGACUGCUCCGCCUCCCAAAUCGACGCCUACCGGGCCCAACGCUACUGCGGAAUCAUCGCCGACAAGACUGGGCCCUUCCGUGACUGCCACGCUCGAGUGGACCCCGCCCCUUACCUGGAGGACUGCGCGUUCGACGCCUGCCAUUUUGAGGAACGCGAUGAUGUUAUCUGCGAGGCUGUUGCUGCUUACGUGUCCGCCUGUCAGAAUGAGGGUGUGGCCAUCCAGUCCUGGAGGAGUAGCUCUUUCUGCCCGGUCUCCUGCCCCAAAAACAGCCACUACGAGCUCUGCUCCUCGGGCUGCCCCGCCACCUGCGCCAGCACGUCCGCGGCUGCCCGCUGCCACCUGCCCUGUCGGGAGGGCUGCCAGUGCGACGAGGGGCACCUGCUGAGCGGGGAUGCCUGUGUUCCCGUGGCCGAGUGUGGCUGCUCAUACGGCGGGCGCUAUUACAAGAAGUGCGAGGUGUUCUACCCCCUCGGCCAGUGCCAGGAGCAGUGCAAGUGCGGCGAGAACGGGGCCAUCGAAUGCCAGAAGUUCAAGUGCGGCCCCGGUGAGGCCUGCAAGGUGGUGGGCGGAGUCAACGGGUGUCACCCAGUGAGUGAGAGAAAGUGCGUGGCCUCCGGUGACCCUCACUACAUCUCAUUUGACGGGCGGCGCUUCGACUUCCAGGGCACCUGUGUCUACACUCUGGCCAAGGUGUGUGACAUGGGUGAGAAGCGGCUGGUCUCCUUUACUGUGGAAGAGAGCAACGAGAAAUACGGCAAUGGCAAGGUUGCUGUUACCAAGGCGGUGGCGGUGGUGGUCUAUGGCUAUGUUAUCACCAUUGAGCAGGGCAUGCGAUGGAGAGUGAUCGUCAAUAACACGAAGAAGAGCCUGCCACUGUCUCUGGACGAGGGCCGCAUCACCGUGAACAAGGACCGCAGCAACAUCAUCGUGAGCACAGACUUUGGGCUGCGGGUGCUGUACAACGCCAUGUACUAUGUGGAGGUGGUGGUGCCCUCCGCCUACGAAGGAAAGAUGUGCGGCCUCUGCGGCAACUACAACGACGACCUCAUGGACGACUUCCUGUUGCCGAGCGGCGAGGAGACGGGCGACGUGGACGAUUUUGGCAAUGCCUGGACCAUUUCAUCUGAAUGCAGUCAAGCUGGAAAAAAGGGCAAGUGAGACCAACAUGGAUAACCCGGCUUUCAGAACCACCCACAUCUGACAUCACCGACUAAGCCGCCUCCCCUUUAUAAUAUUGCUUUCCUAAUUAAUUUUUUCUUGCAAAGCAGUAGCCUUGUCACCUUUUCAGUCUACUUUGGUCCCCCCCCACCCCCACCCCCACCCCCCCACACCCGAAACUUGUUUCAGAACUCUUCUCAUUUAUCACUAUGUAAGGAGUGGGUAGGGCAGGGAUUGGAUGGAGUUUUAUUGUACAUCGUUUUUAACUAGGUUUUCUAAUUGUAUGGGGGUAGUGGACCUGAAUUUUUCAUUUUCUGUCUUCAGUUUAUAGAAGUAGUAAUUUCUUGUACUGUUUACUGGAACCAACAAAUAAAGAGAUACAUGCCAUUGAA